AUGGGUGCCAGCUGCUGUUGCGGCCGGGAGAAGCUGGACCAAGGAGACAGGCUUGGCAGGUGCUUCGCGGAGGCCAGGGAGACAGAGAGAGAGGAGGCCCCUGCAGAGGCUCACCAGAAGCAGGAGGAGGCAGAGGAGGUAAAGAGCCUGCAGUUGGUCGUUCGGCGCACCUUCCUGAGCUUCGAGGUGGUGGACGAGUCCGAGCCCACGUCCAAACGACGGUCGCUCAGUGAGCCGCCACUUCGACGGGCCCUUCUCGACGAGCCGGAGGAAGAUUGCGCCUGCAAGAUCUGGCAUCCGGCAGAUAAUCCAUUCGAGCCACCACCCUACGUCUGGGCGCCAAGCAUCCCGAGCAAGCCGGAGUCUUCGGUUCUCCAGCUGCAGAGAGCGGUCCAUUUCCUCGACGGACCGGUUCAAUGGGAGCUCUACACACCAGGUGCACCAGGCCCUGGCAAAGCGUUCGGAGAGGUCUCGUGGAUUCACUUCGCCUGA